CAUUUCUUAUUUUUAUUUAUACUACUACUACUACUACUACUAAUAAUAAUAAUAAUUAGUAAAGUUAUUCUUAUAAGAGGUGAGAUAUAUUAGGCAGUGAAUGAACAAUGUGUUGGAAGCAGAAAUAAUGUGACGAGAUAAAUUGUAAUGGUAAGACGACUGGGUCAGGUCUUGUGGUGUGUUCCUGGUAUUCAGUGAUUAUUACCUACCAAAUCUGGUCCAGAUGAGAAAGGGCAGCUGGUGAACCGGUGCCAGUAUCAUGGGCUCCCACGCUCAUUAAGGCAUUAUGGGAAGAAGGCAAGCCUGGUGGAGGCAGUGUGACGCUCUGGAAAAUGUUCUGCUGGAGUUCUGGCCAUCAUCAUGUGGAUGACUUCAGAUACCACAGCACACCUUCAGAGGUCUUCUGGAGGUCAUGCUUUGACGUCUCACCACUGUUUUGGUGGCACGUGCACUCUAUUAGCGCGGUGGUUUUAAUGUUAUGGCUUUAAAGUGACCACAAUUUCACUGGUAACAUUUGCAGAGUUCAGUGUAUACAAACAAGUGCUGUUUACUCUUUAACAGGUCGUGCUCACUCUCCUAAACACACACACACACACACACUGCACAAUGCACACACACUGCACAAUGCACACAUACAUUGCACACACUUGGCUCCCGCCUUUCAAAACAAACAUUACACCAUUGCCUCUCUCUUGAUUCAGCCAAUUGGGUGGUGGCUCCCAUCCGGCUGUCCUGAUUGGCUAGCAAAACACACACACACACACACACACACACACACACAGUCAGCGAUUGCGCAGGAGAAAGGAGGGAAACAGUGACAGAGCGAUAGUGUGUGUGCGUGUGUGUGGUGUGUGUGCGUGCGUGCGUGUGUGCGUGUGUGUGUGUGUGUGUGAAGCACAACUUGUUGGUGCAGCCGAUGCUGCUGUUACUGUUGCCGUGAGCUACAAGUAGGACAAGGUGAAUUUUCACAGGUCCACAAUCUCCCUCCAGAUGUGAGGGUCACUGUGAGGCUCCACAGCUGUUCGCACCGCUGGAUCCUUUGCGACAGCAUGCAGAAUCUCCGACACGCUGCGACUGAAGCGUUCCAGCGGCUGGGUUUGAAGCAGAGACACAUGGGCUAUGAGGAGAGCCGAACUCGAGGUAAUGGAGGAUUUGCGAUGGAGGCUCCGGCUCUGGGCUUCUCUGUGUGUGAGAAAGUGCUGCUGGUGUUGUGGAAGACAGAAAGAGAGAGAAGAGAGACAGGAACCUGUUUAUGAGAGGAAAGAAGAUUUGGGAGAACAAGAGGCAGCAUCAAGGAGUUGGAGUGUGUCAUCUCUACCUGCCCCUGAGCUGGGAGAGCUGGACGGUGUGGAAACUCCUCAGCCUCAGUGGUUUCACACUCUACAAGUGCGCAGGCUCCGAGCGCAGAGAGGACGCAGCAACAGCGACCCACUGGGGGGCAAAAACUUUCAGCCAGAGUUUCAAUGGAACACGGGGCUGCAGUUUGGAACAACCAACUCGUACCUGAACCUGGAGAAACUAGGAGAAGGUGCAUACGCUACCGUAUAUAAAGGAAUAAGCAGGAUAAACGGACACCUGGUGGCGCUGAAGGUGAUCCGAAUGAAGACGGAGGAAGGUGUUCCGUUCACUGCAAUCAGGGAGGCCUCUCUGUUAAAAGGCCUCAAACACGCCAACAUCGUCCUGCUCCAUGACAUCAUCCACACGCGCGAGUCCCUCACCUUCGUCUUCGAGUACGUGCAAACAGACUUGGCUCAGUAUAUGAUCCAGCAUCCAGGAGGACUUCACCCAUGGAAUGUUCGAAUCUUCAUGUUCCAGCUGUUGCGAGGUUUAUCGUAUAUCCACAGCCGGAGGAUUCUGCAUCGGGAUCUUAAACCUCAGAACCUGCUCAUCAGCUACCUGGGGGAGCUGAAGCUGGCCGACUUCGGUCUAGCCAGGUCCAAGUCGAUCCCGUGCCAGACGUACUCGGCAGAAGUCGUCACUCUGUGGUACAGACCGCCGGAUGUUCUCCUGGGGUCCACAGAUUAUUCUACAGCACUGGAUAUCUGGGGCGCAGGUUGCAUUUUUAUCGAGAUGCUGCAGGGAGCGCCAGCGUUCCCCGGCGUGGCUGAUGUGUUCGAACAGUUGGUGAAAAUCUGGAGAGUUCUCGGCGUGCCCACGGAGGAGAGCUGGCCGGGAGUGAGCGAGCUGCCAAACUAUAAAACGGAAUGGUUCCUGCCCUGCAAACCCCAGCAAUUCAGAGAUGUCUGGAAAAGAUUUGCACAGUUACCCUAUAAGACGGAGGACCUGGCGCAGCAGAUGUUGACGAUGAUUCCCAAAGAAAGGAUUUCAGCCCAGGAUGCUUUACGCCAUCCCUACUUCAACACACUGCCACCGCCUGUGAUGCAGCUGCGAGACACCGUAUCCGUCUUCAAGGUGCCUGGGGUGAGGCUGGAGACGGAAGUGAGUGAUAUCUUCAGUCCCAACAGACGGAUGAAAUCCUCCCUCGUGCCCCACGGGAAAUGCUGGUGAUAGACUCCUGCUGGCCGCAUCGAGCGUACAGGACUUAUCAGAAGUUCAGAGGAGGGAAGAAAAAACUCUUUUUAAUGGAGAGUCAUCAUGGAUUCCUUGUUAGCAAGAAGAACAGAACAAUCCUGAGUGUUGCUCUUAAGGGCAAGCAUCUAUUUGCAGUGACCAUGAAGUGUUUAAAUGGAUGGAUGGAUGGAGGGAGGGAUGGGUGGGUGGAUGGAUGGAUAAAUACUUGAAUAAAUGGUUGGUUAGAUGGAUGGAUAGAUAGAUAGAUAGAUAGAUAGAUAGAUAGAUAGAUAGAUAGAUAGAUAGAUAGAUAGAUAGAUAGAUGGUUGUUUGGAUGGAUGGAUGGAUGAAUGAAUACUUGGAUGGAUGGAUGGAUGAAUGGAUAUAUAAAUGGAUGGAUGGAUACUUGGAUGAAUGGCUGUUUAGAUGUAUGAAUGGAUGAAUGAAUACAUGGAUGGAUGGAUGUUUGGAUGAAUGGAUGGAUGGAUGGUUGGAUAGAUGAAUGGAUGGAUGGAAGAUGACUUGACAUAAACAGCACUUUUAAUCUAUCAUACAGAGAUGCCAACAUCUACAGUUUAGUCAGCGAGAACAAAUUUAAAAUGAAAGCGAUGAGAAGGUGAAUUCACUGAAGGGGAAAAGAUGCGAGAGAGACGCAAAUUUCAAUCUUACUUUCCUUUUGCUCGUGAACUUUGACAAGCAUCAGUCUUAGCAGGCAACAGGAAGCGAGAAGGCGGCGCUGUGCUGCUUUUGUUUGGUGAAAGAAUCGAGGAACUGCUUCUUAUUAACAGUCAACACCGAAUCAUUUCCUCACUGUUUUCUCACUGCUGCUUAGACAACAUCUGGAAAAAAACAAAUAAAUCAAAUCUCAUCUAAAAAAAUUAACAAUAAGAUAAAAUCCUGGAUCCAUUGAUAAAUGCUGGACUUUCUUGUUAGAGCAAUGUUGGGAUCUCUGUAGCCUAGAAUUUCUGUAGCUUUUUGUAAAUAUUUUUCCGAAAGGCCUUUUAAUGUGGAAAGAAGUGAGCCAGAGGGAGAGAGAGAGAGAGAACGAGUUAGAGAGAGAAAGACAGAGAGAGGGUUAGAUAGGGAGACAGAGAGACGGAGAGCUAAAGUACGACAGUGGGACAAAGAGAGAGAGACAGAACGAGAGAGUUAGAGAGAGAAAAACAAAUAGAGAGACAGAGAGAGCUAAAGAAAGACAGAGAGACAAAGAGAGAGACAAAGACAGAGAGAGAGCUAAAGAGAGACAGAAGACAGAAAGAGAGACAGAGACAAAGAGAGAGAGCUAGAAAGAGAGCUAAAGAAAGACUGAGGGAACAAAGAGAGAGAAAGAGAGAGAGGGAAAAAGACAGAGAGAGCUAAAGAAAGACAAAAGAGAGAGACAGAAGACAGAGAGAGAGAGAGAGAGAGAGAAAGACAAAGAGAGACAGAAAGACAAAGAGAGACAGAGACAGGAAGACAGAGAAAGUGCCAGAGAGAGAAACAGAGAGAGAGAGGGAGGUAAAAAUCUUACACAUAUGCACUCUGACCCGUGAACGUUAAGGCAAAUUGCAAAUUGAAAGGUCAUGGCCAUAUGGGAACAAGAGCUGGAGCCGAUCCCAGAUCCUCCCAGAGAGGGAGAGAGUGAGAAAGAGAAAGAGAGGGGAAGAGAGAGGGAGAGAGAGAGAUGAACAAUACUUUCCUGGAAGUUCUUCAUUCUUCCAAAUCCUUUCAGGUGAUGUGUCUUGUUAUUUUUCAUGGCCAUGUCUGACUGCUCUGCUCCCUCACUUUGGCAGCUUAUCGUCUCAUUUCUGUGCAGCUUUUAGCCUGUAUGCUGUGGAAGAGUAAUCUAAACACAUAUAUUAAUACAUAUUUUACAGAUCUUUGUGCAAAACAAAAAAAAGUGGUAUGGAUUUCUUUAGCCAUGUUCUCCUGUUCAUCAGGACUGUUUAUUGAUACUUGCUGAUUAAAACCCGGGAGCAGCGGUAUAAUGUAGGAGGAUCUCACAUACCGUUCCAGCUGCUGGAGCAACAUCUGCGUACACUGAUGACCCCGAAUCAUCGGCUGUAUGAUGAUUUCAUAUCCGUACAGGUGUGUAGCAUGUGAGCAGAGCGUAGCCAAAGUUGCAGAUGUGUGUGUGUGUGUGUGUCCAAAUCCUGAGUUCUGUUCAUGUUUAUGUCAAAUAAAUAUCUCUCUCAGAC